AACUUAAUAGGCUUUGGAUUGAUACUUCGAGUAUAAAUAGUGGUGCUCAUUGCAAAAAAAGGUCUUUCAGUAAGAGUGGGUCAAGCUUUCAGUAAUCAUUCCGAAGCGCAUUAAUAUUCUAUUAAAAAUUUCGCGACAUAUUCUAUAAACAAAAUCGUGUUAACUUAGCAGCUAACGGCACUUUUCAACCGCACCUAAUGAGUAGCUGUUAUUACAAUCGUUCUAUUCCUUCUUGAAUAUUCGAACUGCAAAGAACGAAGAAAAAUUUUAGCUGAGAAAGUUAAAAAUUUAAUAAAUAGGGAGAAAAUAUAUAAACCUAUUAUUUAUUUUUCACUGCUCAAAGAAAAUUUUCCGAGAUGUCUUCUUCAAAGAAAACUUCCAAAUCGACGGCCAAACCGGCUGCCAAAUCGAAUAUUCAACCUAAAAUAGAACCAAAUAUUGAUGAAUAUAUAAAAUGCCCAUAUGACGAGAGUCAUAGCUUGCUACCAGGCCGCUUCGCCUGGCACCUAACGCGCUGUGCCCGCAAUAAUUUCAGCAGCGGCAUGGUGCGCUGUCCGUUUAACAACACCCAUGUGGUGAAACCCAAGGUAUUGAAUAACCAUUUGCUAAACUGUCCGAACCGUUGCGAUUUGGAACGUUUUCUGCAUCCCGAUGCAUUGCCGCCGAAAGAGCCGCGUCCGUCUCAAGUCGACUUGGUGGAGUGCUCCGAGAACUGGGAUGAUGAGCCACCGGCACCUACCUACAAUCCAAGGGAGUAUUCUGAGAACAAUCUUAUUAUACGCCAAUUGGUGGGCGCAACACCGGCUCAGCGGCGUCAAUUUCGCGAAAUGGAGCGCAGACGUUUUGAGCGACUUAACCAAAACAGACAAUAAACAAGAAUAAUCAUGUAUGUCAGCAUAGGUAUACAUGUGCACACGCACACACAUACAC